AUGCAGACCACGAAGCCGAUCCUGACGUUGUCCAGCCUCGCCGGCGUGGAAACAGUAGACGCGAGGUAUCCUCCACUAGAGGCAUCUACGGGCCGGAUCCUUAGUGCUUGGGAGCAAGAGGAGCAUAGAGCCAACCCAGAGCUCGUAUCACGGCCACCAGAGACGCAAAAGAAGAAGAGGAAGGGCACAGGCACCACUAUCAUGAACAAGAGGUCGAAUACACUUGCUUCCGUGAGCAGCCGGGUUGACGAUCUUGCCCAGCAGAUCGGUGAUUUCAUCAAGUCACAAGCAGCAGCAACGCCGGUGCUGUUAUCACAGGUGCCCUCACUUCCACAGGUGCCGCUGGUGUCACAGGGAUACCAAACGACGAUGCCCUCACUUCCACAGCCGGCGCCGCCGUCACAGGGAUACUAUGUGAUGCCACCGCCUACACCAAUUGUGCCUGUAUACGUACAGGCGCCGGCGCCGUCACAGUGGCAAGAACCGCCUCCCUCGUCACAGGCACAUCACGACGGCUUCAUGUGGGCACAGCCGCCGGCACAGUCUCACGAGACGGCUACGGAGCAUUUCCAGCAGCUAGGGGAUCAGAGGGACACGGCACCAUACAAAUCUAGCAGGCAGGCCGGUCACAAAUUCGUUCCUUACGUGCCUCGCCCUCCGCCGCGUCGGACUGAUCCUUCCUCACAGUCACAGUCACAGUCACAGAGGUAG